AUGGCUACUCAAGACUCCUUAAUCAUCGGUUCCGAAUCUCGCCCACCUGUCCUCUAUCGUGACUGCUAUCCCCAAUGGAGAAAUCGUUUUCUGAACUGGGUUGCUAAACAACCUAAUGGUGCUGAUGUAAAAACAUCUCGCAAAGAAGGACUUGCUGUUCACAGAAAUCUCGUAACUAAAGAACUUCUACCACCUCAAAAAACGUUGAUUCCUAUACCACUGGGAAAGAAAUAUGGGAUGAACUUGAAGGGGGAACCAUUAGUGAAAACAUAUGAUCGAUUAUGCAAUGUGAUCAAUGAUUUAAGGAAAGAAAAGGUGAACAAAACAGAGAUUGAGCUCAAUGUGAAGUUUCUCCGAUGCUUAGAAGAAGUCUGGGAACCUUAUGGCACACAGAUAAAUGUUCAACCAGACUUCAACAAGCUCAACAUUCACAAUCUCUAUGAGAAGUUGAGAUUGAAUGAAAAAGUUGUCCUGAAACAACAAGCAAAAAUUCAAGAAAGUUCCUCUUCUGAUCCUCUUGCUCUUGUGGCCAACAGAAUGUCACAUCUCUCCAUAAACUCAAAUGUUGAAGACACCUUUUCUGAAUUUGGUGAUAAUGACCUCAUCGAAGUCAACAUGGAUGACAAAGAAAAGGAGAUGUACAGAGACGUUGCAUAUUUAACUCGAUCCUUCAAGAAAAAGUAUAUGACAAGGAGGCCGACCAAUAAUCAGCUUCGAACAUCUUCUGUUUCAUCUUAUGUCAAGAACAACCAAGCUCCCAAAUUUGAUUAUUAUCCGGGAAGCACAACUGGUGAAAAGAAGUUUGAAACUCCAAGAUCAUUUGAGAAGAAAGUUGCUGAAAGGAAACCUGAAGAAAGGAAAUGCUACAACUGUGGACAAACUGGUCAUCUAGCAAUCAAUUGUACCAAGCCUCGUCAGAAGAACUCGACCUACUAUCAAAACAAACUCAUGCUAGUAAAGCAACAAGAAAGUGGUGUCGCUCUUCUUGCUGAAGAUGAUAAAUGGCUACAUCUCUCUGAUGAAGAAACAGAACAACUUGCUGUUAAUGUGUGCUUCAUGACUAAGAUCAAGCGUUCCAAUGAGCUGGAAGAUGAAGGUAACAAAUCUGAGACUGAUGAUGAUGAGGUAUGCGAAUUUCCAAAACUUGCUUUAGAACAAUUAUUGCAUGAAUGUGAACAAACUGCUCGCACAAAUACCUCUCUAAAAGAAGAAGUAGCUAACUUAACCAAUGCUUUACAAGAAAAAGAAAACUCUUUAACUGAUAUUCAAAACAAAUUUCAAAUCCUUCAAAAGGACUUUAAAGAUCUUUUAACUAAUAAUGCAUUGGUUUCUUUUACUGCUUCUUCUGAAUUACAUCUUGCUAAUCAAGAACUUGAGCUCAAAGUAUUUGAACUAAACAAACAUGUCAAAGAAUUAAAAAUUGCUCAAUCAAGUGAAAUGUUUAGAACAAAUGCUUUGGCCGAAGAUCUUGAAGCUCUUCAGUCUAAGAUCAACGAUUCCAACCCUUCUGUGAAAGAAUUACAAAAUUUAAUUUCUGAUUUAAAUCAUGCAUGUUGCAUCAAAGAUUCUCAGAACCAAAAACUUGAAAUUAAAAUUGAUGAACUCACUGAUGAAAUCAAGUUUUAUAAAGUUAAGGUUUAUAGAAUUGAUCAAUCCAACAAGCAAAUCUUUUUAAACAAACCAAGAGAUUUUGAUGAUUUUACUAAAGGGUUAGGAUUUGAAGAUCCAAAGAACUUAAUCACGGGUCAACUCAUUGUACCACCCCUGUAUGAUGAAAACAUGAUGCGAUAUGAAGAACAGUUAUCCAAAUGUGAAACCAAAAUUAACUAUGAUCAUAUCAAUGAUUCAUAUGAUUUGUUUAAUCUUCCACUUUGUCCUAAAAUUAAAAAACACUCUGUUAUUAUAGUCGAACUGGAUGAAAACUCAAGUGAAGACUCAACUGAAAAACAAUCUGUUGUUCAUACAAGUGAGUCCAAACCUGAAAAAGAAAUCGUUCUUCCAAAACCAGCUCCAGUUCGACCAUAUAUUCCACAAAGUGUUUUGGAAAAACAAAUAAAAGAUUUGAAACAAAUUCUAAAUGAAAAACAAGAUGUGAUAAAUGCGCUUUUGUUUCAAAAUCACCAUAACAUAUCUGUCCCCAAUAGCUCAUCAAGUGUUGUUUAUGACUGUACUGAUCUUAGUCAACUAAUGUGUGUCAUUGUGAAUCCCACCAAUUGCUCUUUAAAUGAUGAAGUGUGUGACAUUGAGGAUGUCUCUGUGCAACCCAACUGGGAUUCUAUUAAGACCAACUCUGUUGCCAUUCAAACUGAAGAUGAUUGUGUUUCUAACAUUGAUUGUGUGUAUGAUGAAGAGUAUGAUGAACAAAUGUCGGUGGAUAAAAUUGAACACAUUUACUGGGAUUCUAUUAAGACCAACUCUGUUGCCAUUCAAACUGAAGAUGAUUGUGUUUCUAACAUUGAUUGUGUGUAUGAUGAAGACUAUGACGAACAAAUGUCGGUGGAUAAAAUUGAACACAUUUUUCCAAAUCUCUUUGAUACUGAGCCACUUAAGUUUUCUGAGGAAACCGAGUCUUAUUGUAACGAGUUUAACUCUCUUUCCAAACAAUAUGAAUUUGAGAGAAAUCAAAGACUGAAUUUGCUCACUGAACUCAAUAAACUUAAGAUGGAAAUGGAGUAUAAGAACAUUAUACUUCAAGCUUUUGUGGAUAACAACACUAAAAAAGCAACAAAGUUACUGUCAUCAGGUCAAUUUUCAAAACUUGUGUCCAAUUUGACUCCACCUAAUUCAUCACAUGAGUCAAAGUCAUCUACCGAUACUUCAUGCUCUUCCAUCAACUCGACCACCUCUCAAAUAAAUGUCCAAGUAUAUUUGGAUGAAAUUGAUGCAUUGAACAUCUCAUUAGAAAAAGUCAAAAAGGAACUUCAAAUCAAGUCAACUCUUUUUGAAACAAGAGAAAAGCGAUACUGUAAAAUCAUUCAAGAUCUAAUGAGCCAACAACCCGUUGUUCAAAAUGACAAUGCAUCAACCUCAUACAAAGAGACUUCCAGACCUCUGAAAACUACUGUCCCUAAUGUGACUGUGGAUUCCGAUUCAAAGAACAACGGUUUUGAUCUAAAUAUUUCUAAAAUCCUUGAUCUAAACACAUUUUUGGAAGAAAAUAAUACUUAUGAUCCAGAUUUUGAAAAUAAAUUUGUUAAGAAGAACAAACCUUCUUUGAAGAAGACUCCACCCUCACAUCCCUCAAAAGCAGCUUCAUUACCAAGGAAGACACCAAAACAAAAGAUCAUCAUUACCAGUUCAAAGAUGUUGCCUGAUAGCUGCAAGAACAAAACCGAACCCCAGACUCCUACCGUGGUCACUAAUCCAUCUCCCAAAACUAAAAUGAAACUCCAAAAGCAACACAAGGAUCAAAAGUUUUCUAGCUACCCUAAACAAUCUCUAACCACCCCUAGGUGCACUUUAAAAGUUUUUAGAGAUGAAGCUGUAGGAAUAACUAGAUACCAAGAUCAAUAUGGAUGGUUUUCUUCCACUCCAAAGAAACAAGUGUCAUCUGUCAAUAAAACUUUCAACAGAAAACCAAAUGUGUACAAUCAUAAACAGUCUUCUUCUAAUUCUAAAACUAUUCAUGUUUCAGGUGACUUGUGCUUAAACUGUCGAAGUGUUUGGCUUCCUAAAGAUAGACAUUUACAUGCAUCUAGGAAAGUCAAGUCUGAUUAA